CGCGCCGGGCGCGGGUGCCAGCGGUGACCGAGGCGACAGCGGUGACCGAGCGAGGGGAAGGCGGCAGGGGCAGGUCGGAGCCGCUCCGGGCCGGAGUUGGGAGCCAGAGGCGGGUCCGGCGCCCGGAGCAGCCCGGGCGGGAGGCAGGCUUGUUUGGAUUCGGCACUGCGGUUCCACCAUGGGUUCCUCGUCAUCCACCCCGGCUGUUGCAGUUCAGACCGCAAACGCUUCCGCUCACCAGACUGCAUCCCCGCCUUCAGGGUGUCCAAUGCACGAAGGGAAAAUGAAAGGUUGCCCGGUGAGUGGAAAGCCGACUGACCCCGCCUGCGAGAGCAAAGCCAGCUCUGCGCCUGCGCACCAAGACCGCGCCUACGAGUACGUGGAGUGCCCUGUUACGGGCGCUGCUGCGGAAAAGCAGAACCUAGAUCCUUCCAAUCUGAUGCCACCACCUAAUCAGACCCCGGCCCCCGACCAGCCGUUUGCGCUCUCCACUGCGCGGGAGGAGUCCUCCAUCCCGAGAGCAGAUUCGGAGAAGAAGUGGGUUUACCCUUCCGAGCAGAUGUUCUGGAACGCGAUGCUCAAGAAGGGGUGGAAAUGGAAGGAGGACGACAUCAGUCAGAAGGACAUGUACAACAUCAUCAGGAUCCACAACCAGAACAACGAGCAGGCCUGGAAGGAGAUUUUGAAGUGGGAAGCCCUCCACGCUGCGGAGUGUCCUUGUGGGCCCUCGUUGGUGCGGUUCGGAGGAAAAGCCAAAGAGUACUCCCCACGCGCCAGAAUCCGCUCCUGGAUGGGGUAUGAGUUGCCUUUCGACAGGCACGACUGGAUUGUCAACCGCUGUGGGACGGAAGUCAGAUACGUCAUCGACUACUACGACGGCGGCGAGGUCAACCAGGAGUACCAGUUCACCAUCCUGGACGUGCGGCCCGCCUUCGACUCGCUGUCGGCCGUGUGGGACAGGAUGAAGGUCGCCUGGUGGCGCUGGACCUCGUAGCCACCGCUGUGGUAGAGACAGGGAAAUGCCCACUAUUUUUUUUCCAGAAGGCCACAUUAAACCCUUUUCCCUAAACCGAAUCGCACUCAUGAUGUACUGGGAAGGUCGAGUGGGUCAUGACCUUCAACUUCACUUGGCGAAGGGUAGCAUGCCCGCGCUCUUUUGAGCUCUUUUCACCCCACCGUGGAUGGCAGAUCAUGUCCGUUUCCUUCCCACAGCAUAAGUGGGAAGCAGCCCCUUCGUCUUCCCUUUAACGGCAGCACUGCCUGUGUAUUUAAUCUAGAAAAGUCUGAACCGCCUCUUGAAAAGAACUCCCCUGAAAAUACGAAGAGAGCCGCUCGUUUUCGUCCUGUUUCCUCCUGGCCACUUGAGCCCUGAAAACUUGCGUGGGAAUGUGUGUUGCAGCCUUUUCAUUUUCCUCUCCAUCCGCGUUGUUCCGCUAUGGAACUGCUCCCAACAGGCAGGGCUGUCUCACUGGCCCUGGUUUGGACAUUUUGACAAGUUUUCCCACGCCUGUGCCCCAUUCCUGCUGCCCAGAGCCUUCCCUGCAGUCGGCCUCGCCGAGCCUGGAAGGUCUGGCUGGAGGUGCAGUGUUAGCCACGAUCCCUUUCUAACAUGGCCCUGUCUUGUUGAGUGUUCAGGGAGCUCUACCAUGGAAAUUCUGGGUUCCAGCAACCCACAUGCUGGUGGUUCCUCUUUGAGCAGCAGCAUGCUACGAAUGCCUGUUGGGUUGGGUUGGGUUUUGAGUUGAUAAUAUUAAGUCCUUGCAUUUCUCCUAAAUACCGGAUUGUUCAAUUAGUAGAAGGAAUUAGCAGACUGGAGUGAUCAAUUUGCCAUGAAUGUCUUUGUGCUGACAGCUUUGUGUGGGGUUUUUCCAAAUCUAACAACCUUAAGCUCUUCGACGUUUCAGAAUAUUUGUAUAUUUUAAAAUCAAAUAAAGCUGAUAGUGAACAGGU